CGACGAGCGAUGGUGGAGGGACAGCUCAGAGCGACGAGCGUCUAUGCUGCUUCAUCAGCCAACCGCGUCUCUCACAUCGCAGACUGGGCGGUGGCUAGAGGAACAGAGACGCUCGUCUAUGCGACGCACCGGAGCAUCGCAACGUCGACCCACCUCGACUCCGCUCAUCCCCCUCCCACCCACCUGGUCCCCACCCCAAGGGGCGACCUGACUGUGCUCAAGUAUUCGCAUCCUUUCUCCUCUACUUCAGAUGCGCAUGCAGACCCAGCCAUCCUUGCUGGCUCCUCGGACGGCCACAUCCAUCUCGUGGUUGCAGACAACGCACUUGGGUGGAAGUUGGCCAAGACGUGGGCCAACGAUGACAGCCACAGCGGAAGCGAGAGUGGGGCGGCGGGAGUAGCUGGCCCAGCAACGAGCGUAAAGGCCAAGGUCAAAUCUGAUGCUUCUUCGUCGAAGAACUUGGCACCCAUUCGAGCCCUCGGCGUGUUGCGACCCACGAUUGGCGAUCACGUAGACAGUGGAGCAGGGGCGGCGAAAUACCUCUUCGUGUCGGCCUCUUCCGAUGGCGUCGUCCGUGUGUGGAGCUCUUUGCAGUCAGGCGAUGGCCUCGAGCUGCUCCAGACGCUAUCCAUUGGAAACAUCGGCUCGCAGGCCCGUACCGAGGUUCUGCCCCUUGACAUCGCCCUCGUGAGGAUGCCCGGCAAAGGAGACCAGGUCCUGAUGGCCAUCGCUGGCACCCACUCCAAGAUCGACCUCUGGCUAGGAUCAGACAAGCCAUCCUCGUUCAAGCCCCUCUUCAGUCUCUCGGGCCACACGGACUGGGUCCGAUCGCUCGACUUCUGCACAUCGAGCCUGACCCCUUCUUCGAGGCCCACAAUGAUGCUCGCAUCCGCCUCGCAAGACGGCACUGUUCGACUCUGGCGCUUGCAAGCCACAGAUGAGGGGUCCGAGGCGAUUCGACCAGAGGUGCCAAGGCCGGAUCAGGACGAGUUCGACCGGCUGGCAUCUGAAAUCGAAGGCACGCAGCGACAAGAGGACCGAGACGAGGCCAACAUCACGACCCGCGCACAGACGUUCUUCUCUGGCGACAGCAAGCGAUGGCAAGUAAAGCUGGACGCUCUCCUCUUUGGGCACGAGGGGUGGGUUACUGGCCUCCGAUGGGCACCGCCAGAUUGCGCCAGGCGAGAACAAGCAGCAGCCCUGUUGACAUCCAGUGCCGAUAAUUCUAUUAUCCUAUGGACACCUUCCUCGUCGCUCUCUUCUUCUUCUUCCUCUUUGACUUCGGGACGUUUCCCUUCUUUUGAAGAAGCCGAGCUGGACACCAAGGCGACAAAGGACGACAUCUGGGUGGCAGCUCAUCGAUUUGGCGAGCUAGGAGGAACUGGCAGCGCUGCCAAUGGCAUGUAUGGUGCUGCAUGGAAGCCGCAAGCGACAUCGGAAAACCCUGCAGUCAUGGCACAUGGCUACGGUGGAGCUAUCCACAUCUGGUCAAAGGAGAAAGGGGGUUCUGUCUCGGACUGGCAGCCACGCCCUGCCAAAGGUGGACACUUUGCCUCCGCUUCGAGCGUGCGAUGGGAACCGCGCGGAGACUACCUCAUCUCUGGGGGCUUCGACAAGACGACGAGGCUCCAUGGUCGGUUCCGUGAGCGUCUGCCAAACCCCAUGUUGUCGACUUCGAAGCAGCAUGGAUCACAAAGGCGGGAUGACGAAAAUGCGAAAGGGCAAAGUUCAUGGCAUGAAAUUGCUCGUCCUCAAACACACGGCUACGAAAUCGUCGGCCUUUCGUGGCUUUCUCGAUUAAUAUUCGCGAGCGCAGGUGACGAGAAGAUUGUGCGGGUCUUCGAGGCACCCCAAGGAUUUGUUGAUAGCGCCGUCAAUCUGGCCACCGUCACCUGUUCCUUCAGAAGUCAAGGAGCAGAGGGUGAGGUUGUCGUCGCGGUGUACCUACCGACGCUGGGGCAUCUGCGUAACCCUGCUCACCUCGCACGGCCUGUUCGAGAAGCAACGCUGCAUGCCUGUUGUUGUGAUCCGCCUCGUCGAGUCUCGGUCCUGGCCAUCUCGCCUGUCUUCAGCAGGCGAAGUGGAAGAGGAGAAGGGCCACCUGCAUUGUCCUUUGAGGAUGCUGAAGCUUUCCUGAAGUGGAGUUACGCUCAGGCUUGGGGUGUGGCCGUGCAGAGGCAGCGCCUGCAGACCGACGUCGACGUUCUGUGCGUGGCUGACGAAUUUGCACAAGCAUGCUUGGACGACAAGAUCAGCGGAGGCAUUUCCAGUGUCUGGCUUGUUGACGAACCGUCAUCGUUGCCGCCUGCAAGUGUUCUCGAUACAACAAAGAUUUCUCGAGAGCGUGUACAUGGGAUUCUUCCGAGCUCCUCGCCUUCUCCAGCCCCGACUCAUGAGGAUUCGGCCAGCUUACCGCAGCACCGCAACAUCGCCAUGGGCGGAACCUUUGAUCACCUCCAUGCGGGCCAUAAGAUCUUGCUCAGCAUGGCUGCCAUGACGGCGACGGAGCGCAUCAUCGCCGCCGUGACGGAUGAUUCGAUGCUCACGAAGAAGAAGUAUGCCGAGAUCCUGGAAUCGCUCGACGAGCGAAUGAGGCGCGUCGAUGCAUUUCUAGAGCUCUUUGGUCGCGCGUACAAUCCUUCCGGGGCAGUCAAGCGCGAUGUCUCAAAGCUGACUGACGUGGCGGGACCCGCGGGAACAGAAGAGGACCUGCAGGCGAUUAUCCUGACCGACGAGACCGUGAGCGGGGGCGACUACAUAGACAAGGUCCGAGCUGAGAAGGGACUCAAGGCGCUCAGCCGGCUUUCGAUUGGUGUCCUCGGUUCAGGUGGCGAGACAGAGGUGAAGGGAAAGGACGCGGCGGAACUCGCAGCGGCCAAAGUCGGCAGCUCGUAUAUUCGCGAAUGGCUCGCAAAGAAGGGACAAGCGGGAAAAGAGAAUGCAGGGAAGGACGAGGACGACUUUGACGGUUCAAAACGGACGAGGAGACCGGUGGGAGCAUCGGUCCCACCACUGGGACUUUCGAAUCGGGCCGUGUACGACAGUGGCGCGCUGUUGGAAGAUGAGCCACCCUCCGAAUCGGGUCAGGCGGUGGGCAAGUCGCAGCGCUCCAUCUCCCUCGAGCUCAGCAAGCCCCCAACGGAAGAGACGCUCCACCUCUCAUCCCUCUGGAGUGAGGUCGAGAAGGUGUACGGGCACUCGCUCGAACUGCUUUCGAUCGAUGCAGCAGAUGGGCUCAUUGCAACCUCGGCUAAUGCAAGGACCGAGGAGCAGGCGGCCGUGAGGAUCUUUGAUACAACACAGAGAUUCAAGGAGGUGCAGGUCCUCACGGGGCACCAGUUGGGCGCAACGAGCGUGAGGUUCAGUCUGGGCAAUCCUGCUGGGCGGAAUCUCUUGACAGCAAGCCGCGACCGAUCCUGGAGGCUGUACGAGAGGGACUCAAGAGAUGAUCAAGGGGAGAAGUAUAAGCUGGUGCAGGUGGAAGAAGAGGCACAUUCGAGGAUCAUCUACGACGCGGCCUGGGCCCUCAAUGGGGACAUGUUCGCCACGGCCUCGAGGGAUCGACAGGUCAAGAUCUGGCACAGAGAGACUUCUCCUGGAAACGAAAAGCCCUUUCGGUUGGCGGAGACGAUCAAGUUUUCGCACGCCGUCACUGCGCUCGCCUUUGGCCAAGGCGCCAAGCUCGCGGUCGGCCUCGAAUCGGGCGACGUGGCCGUCCUGCUCCCAUUGGACGAAAGCGGAAAUUCGGGCUGGAAAGAGGCGCUCAGAUUGGCGCAACACCAUACAGAGGUCGUCAAUGAGCUAGCAUGGCAGCCCCUGGAGGCAUGGGAACUCGAGCCGGGCAAGAUGCUCGCGAGUGCUGGCGCAGAUGGGACCGUGCGCAUCGUUCGCAUUGAAUAAGCAUGAAAUCUUUGUGGCGAUUUGCUUCUUUCCUUCUCGAACGAGUGACUGGCGUGAAGCGAAAUCUUUGAGAAGGGCGAGGCUAGAGAUACAUGUAUGUGUGGGUGGCUGGUGAC